CUUAGAAAGAAAAGAGAGCAAAGGAAAGGGAAAAGAAGGAAAGAAAAGAGAGAAAGUAAAGUCGGGAGUAGGAGAGAAAAGAUAUAUAGCGAGGGAGAGAAAGAAAGGAAAAGUGCGAGAGAAAAGAGAGAAGAAAGGGAAGGAUGCUCAAUCGUCGCCGGAAACCGCCGGACUGGGUCCCACACCGGAGGUAGAACGCCGUCGCUGCUGUAAGAGUAACUAGCGCCAGAGGAGGAAAAAUGCCGGGGUGAUUGCUAGGCUAUGUCUCCGAGUCUCCGUCUGGUCCUUAGAUUAUCAACCGGUCAUCCCUUCCAUCGUGAAGGAGUUAAAAGGUGAUUGCGGUGAAGACCGAAAUAACAAGUUGAAUAAGAGUGUCAAGAUUCGAGGUGAUGAUGAAUAUGUUGAUUGAUGAUUUGCAUGGUCUUGAGAGCGGUUGAGAUAUACCUUAGUCAAACCUAGUCAAGAAUUAUUAUUCAAUUAUGUUAAACACUUGUUUUACUUUGUUUAAUUUUGUGAUUGCCUGUGCAUUCGGUUAAGAGAUGACCGGAUGUGGCGGUAACACCCAUUUCCCAAUUAAUGUUAUUUCCGCUGCAAAACGAUUUAUUUGUUUUGAAAGGAUAAAUCAAGUUUAUUAUGAAUAAAUAUAUUAUUUCAAGUAAUAUUUUGGGAGGGAAAAUGGGGGUGUUACAAAUUGGUAUCAGAGACUUUGAUUGUUAAACUGGGGAUUUUUAAACAAAAACUUUCUCUUAGGUGAAUAUGGUUUCCAAAAAGAUUUUAUAACCUUUUUUUUGCGAUUUUCUAAAAUUGUUUUUAAAGCUAUAUUUUCUUAGACAUAUGAAUUUUUUUUCCAAGAAGUUUAUUUCUAAAUGUUUUCAAAAAGCUUAUGACAGAUUCCCAAAAGUUUUUUUUAAAGAAAAAAAAAACUUAGGAAUAAUAAUUGGACUAAGGAAAUAUUAAAUUUAGGAUCGUGGUGAGAUUGUGAGAUUUAUAUUUUUUUGGAACUUGAUAUUAAUUUGAAAUAGGCACAUUUGUGAUAUAUUCCUAUAUACAUGUCUAGAAAAGACUUAAAGCUAGUGAGGAGAAAUCUAUGAUGUCGUAUGGGCACAUUUGCUCCUAUGUGUUUGAUUUUGUAAAAAAAAAAGAGAGAGAGAGAGAGAGACAGUAAGAGUGUCCUAUGAAAUUUUAGGAUUAUAUAUGCUUCAGGGACGAAGCAUUCUUUCAAGGAGGGUAGAAUGUGACACUCCGUAAAUUUAAUACUAAUAAAGAUACGGAAUUUGUUAAUUGCAUUUGUAGGUAUUUUUCAUUAUAUAACUUAUGUUUCGGGACGAAACAUCUUUUAAGGGGGAUACAAUGUGACACCCCGAAAAUUUAAAUAAAAUAAAUAAAUUUAUUAGUCAGAUAAAAUGUUACGAAAGUCACAUUUUUAUAAUUAAGUGAAUCAGAUAAAAUUUUAACAUCGGUGACAACUUUAAUCAGAUAAAAAUGUUUCAAUAAUAAAAGUGACAUUUUUAUAAUAGUUGUGUUGACUAGAUAGGACCUUAACUUAAAUGAUUAAAGUGACGUUUUUGAAACAAGAGAUAAAUAUAGGUAUGAUAUAAAUAAUAAAAGUGAGUCAAGUGACAUUUUAACAACUUUAAUGCAAAAAUAUCGGUUAAUAAUAUGCGUAUGAAAGUACACUAAAUACCACACAAAAAUAACUCUUGGGACCUAAUAUAUACAUGUAUACAUAAUAGUAAAAUACUUGCCAUAACUAUAGUAUACCCCAUGCGUACUAAUAAUAUAUAUAAAACGAGUAUAACAAUAAUUUAGAUAAAACCAACGACCAACACACAUGACUAUGCAUGUAUAUGUCAAAACUUGUGAGAUAAGUCCAAAGAUAAGAAAAGUAUAGUACUACCCGGUCGUACGAUUCUAAUAAUAGUAGGCACAUGGGAUUCUAUACAACUUACUACUCCUCAAUGAUACACCUAGCAAUACACAUCAAAACAAACGUACUGAGACACAUGCAAGGCUAGCUGGGUCGACGGCAAUUAAUACGGAGGAAGUAUAACGCCAAAAAAUAAUAUACUGCGUACACACACAUAUCUUCAUAAACCCACCCAUAUCUUUUGGAGACAAAACCUACGAUGCGUAUUGUAUGCAAUGUACUUAACCUUAGCCUGGAAGCAGUGUUUAAAAAAAAGCAGUCACCCGAUCGACCCUCACUGCAUAUACCCAAAACGAGCGAAUGACUUAGAAAGAAAAGAGAGCAAAGGAAAGGGAAAAGAAGGAAAGAAAAGAGAGAAAGUAAAGUCGGGAGUAGGAGAGAAAAGAUAUAUAGCGAGGGAGAGAAAGAAAGGAAAAGUGCGAGAGAAAAGAGAGAAGAAAGGGAAGGAUGCUCAAUCGUCGCCGGAAACCGCCGGACUGGGUCCCACACCGGAGGUAGAACGCCGUCGCUGCUGUAAGAGUAACUAGCGCCAGAGGAGGAAAAAUGCCGGGGUGAUUGCUAGGCUAUGUCUCCGAGUCUCCGUCUGGUCCUUAGAUUAUCAACCGGUCAUCCCUUCCAUCGUGAAGGAGUUAAAAGGUGAUUGCGGUGAAGACCGAAAUAACAAGUUGAAUAAGAGUGUCAAGAUUCGAGGUGAUGAUGAAUAUGUUGAUUGAUGAUUUGCAUGGUCUUGAGAGCGGUUGAGAUAUACCUUAGUCAAACCUAGUCAAGAAUUAUUAUUCAAUUAUGUUAAACACUUGUUUUACUUUGUUUAAUUUUGUGAUUGCCUGUGCAUUCGGUUAAGAGAUGACCGGAUGUGGCGGUAACACCCAUUUCCCAAUUAAUGUUAUUUCCGCUGCAAAACGAUUUAUUUGUUUUGAAAGGAUAAAUCAAGUUUAUUAUGAAUAAAUAUAUUAUUUCAAGUAAUAUUUUGGGAGGGAAAAUGGG